AGAAGAAUGGGGGGUGCGUGAGCGAAAGAAGGGACCCCCCUUAUACAUCGCAAGGGACCCAGGAGUCCGGGGCCAGCACCUCUUGUGGUGUCCCCCAUAACCGGUCCCUAGAGACCCAGGAGUCCGGGGCCAGCACCUCCUGGGGUCUCCCCCAUAACCCGUCCCUAGGGACCCAGGAGUCCAGGACCAGCACCUACUGGGGUCUCCCCCAUAACCCAUCCCACAAGGGACCCAGGAGUAGGGGCCAGGGCUACGUUUGAGCAAUCGCUUUACUGAAAUCCUCACCCGGCCCCUGAGGACUCUCCUCCGCCGCCCCCAGCCCAUUUCCCGGGCCCGCGGCGUAUGAGCGAGGGAGGGUCUCCAGCCCGUGGGACCUGUCCUGGCCACCCGCCAGCACCUGGGGAGACACCGGCUGUCUGCGGGGAAAGGAAGGAGCCGGGGGGCCCCCGCGGGGGCGAUGUGGGGCGGGGUCACCCACCUAUGAGCGCAGAGCCGCCGCGAACAGGCGAAGGGUACAGGUCCGGCCCUAGCCCGGCCCCACGCGGGAGGGAGUCAGAGCCGGGAGGAGACGGACAGAGGGACCGACCGACCGACCUACCGCCAGCCCCACCGGCCCCCGAGGGGGUGGGCUCAGCACUUGACUGUGACCCUCCCCUCUGCUCCUGCCUCCGGGAAGGAUGGGAGGGCCUUGUUUCCGGAACACCCCGUAUAAGGGGGUUCUGUUUGCAGGCUGUCUCCUGUUGUGCUGGGGUCCCCGCGCUGUGGUUUGUACUGUUGUGGUGCGCAGGAUCCCGGAGGCUCCAUCCGUGGGGCAGAACGUCACUCUGUCCGUGGAAGGCGGCCUGGAGCCCCUGCGUCACUUCGACUGGUACCGGGGGCGGCUGGCUGAUGGCAGCACCCGCAUCUUCAGCUACUUCCCGGGGCAGGAGCGCCCCCAGCGCAAUGGGGUGCAGUUCACAGGCCGCGAGGUUGGCUUUCCCAACGGGUCUCUGCUCCUUCAGGGCGCCCAGGCCAAUGACAGUGGCACCUACCAGGUCGCUCUGCAGCUGGUGCCGCAGGGCAGCGAGAAGGGCACCGUGGAGCUGCGGGUGAGCGCCCCAGCGACCACCCUGGGUCCAAGGACAUUGCUCCCCCCGGGCUCAGGCACAGGGCCUCCCCUGGCCACAGCAGCCCCCAGCACCCCGCAGGUCCUGGGCUGGGUGGUGGCGGGGGUCGUGGUUGGGAUUUUGCUGACCGGAGCUCUGGGAGCCGUGGUCAUCUACCACUUCAUCCUGCGCAGCUCGGACCUGGCCAGAGGCUCCACAGGAAAACUGGAUCCCAAAGGGAAGAAACCACAAAGAUCUGCCAGGGAUGACAUGGAGCCGAUUUACGAGGUGAUGGAGUCUUCCUUGGAGUUGCCCCAACCGGAGGGAAGAAACCCUGAAAUUAACCCCCAAGUUCCCCCGGCUAUCCCCUUGCCUCCCCAGCCAGACCCCAACUACACGGAGUUGCUGCAGCGAGCCGAGUCCGUAUAUGCCCAGAUCCAGAGGUGACGCCAGCCGCAGAGGCCACAGGGGGGAACCCCCCCUUACAGGGCACCGCCCAGGGAUGCCCCCCGCCAUGGGGAAUCCCCCCAACAAGGAAUCACCCAGGGACACCCCCUGCCAUGGGGAACUCCCUGAGGGUCUCCACAAUUGGGGUCCCUGACCACAAGGACCCCACCCAUGGGGA